UCGCGCUCAAUCCAUCGAUUCGAGGCACCAUCAUUUCAUCCCAUCAUGUAUGUUUCAAUGAAGCAAUUCUACUUGGCCUUGUCGGCUUUUUCCUCUCUAGUAGCUUGCUUGCCUAAACCACAGAGUGACCCUGUGACGACGUUGGCAGGUGGCGAGGUCAUCGAAUUUAAUUCUUCUUGCUGGGACACACAGUAUUGGGACGGACCAAAAGCCUCCAAAGCUGACAUCCUCACCGUUGCCUCGAAAAUUCGUGGGAAUAAGGAAUGCGUCAUGGAAAGAGGAGAUGAUAGCCCAUACUACAAAUAUAACAUGGGAAAUGUCAAUGGCGUCAGAGCCGAUUUGUUAUGGACACUAGAUGACAUCAACUUGGGGGUUCGGAAAGUCACGUGGCAUUGUGAUACCCUGGCGCACCGCCUCGAACUUAUUGCGAAUAGUUGCUCCGCAAUGUUCGGCUCUGAUCAGAUAGCGAUUUGGACGGUCUUAAAUGCCUGCGAUGCAUAUUCGAUUGAAGGUAAUAAACCGGCUGGAGGAUGGCCUGAAUUGGGGAAAAGUGGUGUAGCCCUCAACGUCAUGGCUGGUGGGCAACUCGUGCCGGAUAUCAGAGAUGCUAGAAGAUCUAUGCCAUAUGUCAGUUUCAAGUUGUUGAAGCGGGAGGAUGAGUCGCCUGUCCCGGGCUACGAAUCGACAUGA